GGCGCCCCCGCCCUUUGAGCCCAGGGCGGCGCCCGCGCUUGCACACUCGCCCACUCCGGGGACCAACCGGGUCGCGGCGGCCUCCCGAGCUCGAGGAGCCGAUCGGACAGGCGGUCGCGGGCGGCAUGCGGCGGCUGCUGGCGUCCGGAGGCGUCCGGGGACUGGGGGCCGGCGUGGGCGCGCUUCCUGCCACGGGGCUCUGCCACCCCGGGCGCACGCGCCGCCAGGCCUCCGACGCCCCUCGGACCCGGCCCCCUAGCUCCGACCUCGUGGCCCGGACGACGGGCGUCUGCUCCAUGAUGCGGCUGCCCGUGCUGGCCUCCCCCGAGGGGCUGGACGCCGCCUUCGUCGGGGUGCCCCUGGACAUUGGGACCUCCAACCGGCCCGGGGCGAGAUUCGGACCCCGACGCAUCCGGGAAGAAUCAGUGAUGCUGCGGACAGUCAAUCCUAGCACGGGGGCCCUCCCUUUCCAGUCCCUCAUGGUCGCAGACUUAGGCGAUGUGAACGUCAAUCUGAAUAAUCUCCAGGACAGCUGCCGGCUAAUUCGAGAGGCCUAUGAGAAAAUUGUAGCAGCUGGCUGUAUUCCUCUGACCUUGGGUGGAGAUCACACAAUCACAUAUCCCAUAUUGCAAGCAAUAGCAAAAAAGCACGGCCCCGUGGGGCUGCUGCAUGUGGAUGCUCACAUGGACAUGGCUGACAAGGCUCUAGGAGAGAAGCUCCAUCAUGGGACGCCCUUCCGCCAGUGCGUGGAUGAGGGACUCCUGGACUGUAAGCGGGUGGUGCAGAUCGGCAUCCGGGGCUCUUCCAUGACCUUGGAUCCCUACAGAUACAACCGGAGUCAGGGCUUCCGGGUCGUCCUGGCGGAAGACUGCUGGAUGAAGUCGCUGGUUCCUCUGAUGGGGGAAGUGAGGCAGCAGGUGGGAGAUAGACCCAUCUAUAUCAGCUUUGAUAUUGACGCCCUGGAUCCCGCCUAUGCCCCAGGGGCGGGGACACCUGAAAUUGCUGGCCUCACCCCUAGCCAGGCUCUGGAGAUCAUCCGGGGUUGUCAAGGCCUGAAUGUGGUGGGUUGUGAACUUGUGGAAGUUUCACCGCUGUAUGAUCCUUCUGGAAAUACGGCCCUCCUGGCGGCUAACCUCCUAUUUGAGAUGCUGUGUGCUCUCCCCAAAGUGACAAUCGUCUGAGUCUUGUGCUGUUCACGUCAAAAUAGAUUGCGCUGCUGACAAAUUCUCAUGAAGAAUUUAUGAGCGAGCACUCUGAGUACUAAAGGGUUUAUGCCAAUAAAACUUUCUGUUAAAAGUGUCAUUGGUGGCUGUAAAAUCAGGACAUUCAGUAGAACUCUAACCCAAACAGCAAACAUUUCUAAGGAGUUUGUGUUAACUUUUUAAAAAAUGAAGUCCUUGUACUGUUUUGAUUUUUUUUCUUUGAUGAAAGAUGGUGGAGGAUAAAGGGGAAGGGGAUGGAGAAAUUGUCAAGAUUACUUAAAAAUUGAAGGAAUGAAAAUGUCAAUGAAAUAAUACUGUAUAAAUGUUCCAUAUUUCUGCACUAUCUUCCUUUAACAUAUAGCUCCUCCUCUGAGGAGCUUCGGGCUGCAUCUUGGUCCCAGGACCAUUGUGAACAUAAAUAGAAAGUUUGAAAAAAAUAACACGCAGAUCCUAAUAAGGAAACUUUCUGCUCAGAAGCCCAGGAAGGUGCACAAAUUGUCUUCCAAACCAGGCAACACCAUCUGAGCCUUCAAUGAAACUUUCUCUAGCCCACUUCCUACAAGACUCAGUUUGCAUUAUUUACUCUUCAAGCUAACAUACCCGCUACGACAACAGUUCCCAAAAUCUGCAGUUAAGCUGUGCUGCUCUUAAGCAUGUCCUGAGUUACAUGCAAAUUCGGUUUUGUUGAUAAUGUGUCCAUGAUCAAAUCAUCUUGCAAUGCAAGAGCUACCCCAUAAUGAUCACACAUUAAAAUAGUUUAUUUGUUUCCAGUCUGUAAUAAUCUUAAAACAAAAUAACAUCAGCUUCAGUGCCUGUUCACAAUACAAAAAACAACAAAAAACCCAAAACAUAAAAAAGACACAAUUUGCCAAAUAAGUUAUUUGUUCCUAAGAGUAUCAAAAGUGCAAAAUAUUAACCUUCAUUUCAGAUCUGUCUCCCAAGUACAAUCAAUCAUCCUCCUUGACAAACUGAACAGAUUCAGCAGCUGCCAUACUGCAUUUGUUUUCAAGGGACAAUGUCAGAUAUUUGAACAUGAACUACGUUUUAUCCGUAAAGAUAUUUUGCAUCAGCUUUUAAAGAAUGCUACUUAAAAAAAAAAA